AUGUGCCAGGGGAAGCCGCCGCCAUCUUCAGAUCAGUGCCGAACGUCGUUACAGGACGGCCGCGUCGAUAAGCUGGAAGUAUUGGAGAACCAGAGUGUGAUCAGACUGCAAGAUUUUCCGAACAACUGGUCGCUCAUUCGGAGCGGCCACUUCUUCGGUACAUACCCUACAAAUUUGUUGCGAGAUGCCGUUGGUCGGGAAAAGAUCAUCAGCUUCAAUGAUUGUGACAUCCACAUUCCGAACACUCGCAGAAAAUUGGGGUUUUGUCGCUUCUGCGGAGAGGUGUUUGGUUCCAAAAAAGUUCUAACGGCACACUUCCUGCGCUACAGUGACGGCUCAUGCCAGAACAACCAAUUAUGUUCAGAUUGCUUAACUUCUAAGAAGAGGAGGCAUAUAGGAAGAACGUGCCGGAGACAAGCUCUUCUCAAGAUCUGCAUCUGCCCGCUAUGUGGGUCUCAACUCACCACAAACAGAACGUUCACCGAACACGUUAAGAGGCACUUGACAAAACCGCCUAGUUGCGCAAGAUGCAACACUGUCUGCGGAAAUUGCGCGCGAACUCAAGAAGAUAUGCAAUUGACCAUCGACGGCGACCCCGAGGACGAAACCGCGAGCAGCACACCUGGAACGGAGCAAGGGGAGGAUGGCGGCAAGGGCACGCCUCCGAUAACACCUGUUCGCGUCGACGAAUCCGCGAGUAAACGUGUAACGUGGGAUGAAACAUGAAGAUUUCAAUGUACAUUUGAAGAGCUGCCCAUUGUCGAUCCAUCACAUGUUAUGUUGAGCACGUACGAGCGGAUCUACAUAGCUUCGAAGAAUGACAAGCACAUCUGUAUACUGUGCCAGGAAUAGUUUGACGCAAUCGAAGUUGCCCAGCAUCAUGUGAACAGUAUACAUUACAUUGUGAAAAAGAGCAGCUGUGUGUUUUGCGGUUCGCAUUACGAUAAUGAACACUGUUUAACGUAUCAUAUGAAAGCUAAACACUCUACAUCAUCUGGAAACAUUUCCUACAACAAAUAUCUUUCCGGUUACCGCUGUCACCAUUGCCAGCUCUUCAAGGGGACUCGUCGGACUAUGGGUCGUCAUUUACGCAACAAGCACCGGCAGUUUUUCGAAGAUACGCCUCCGAUAUCACCUGUCGGUCGCGUCGUCGAAAUGUUGAACCGAUCCGUGAAACAUCAAGCAUCCUCGAAACGAAAACCAGGAGCGGGGCAGAAGGAAAACGGACCGACGCCAAAGCGAAGGGCAAUAGUGUCUCCUGCAGUGCCUCCUGCUGUUGUAAUCAACACAGCAAAACAACAACGGGAUUUUAUCACUGAUAGUGAUUCGUUCGACAUUGAAAACAUCCCAAUCAUCAUUGACGAUGAGCAAUUGGAAAACUAUUUCCUCCUCGAUGACGGCUCUCUGUUUAGCAACGUAAGUUUGUGUUUAUGUAUGCCUCUGCUCAAUAAUAAAAAACCUGUAGUGAGUACCAUUAAAACUAAUAAACCAUCCAACCGUCCUUCAAAAAUGAACAGUGUAAAAGAUAAUAAUCAACGUGUUUCUUCCAAUUUAACAGUUUGACGAAGAUACGCCUCCGAUAACACUUGUUCGCGUCGACGAUGAGUCGGUAAGAUUUUUGUGUUGUUUUUGUGUAUUGUGAAAUGAAACUGUAGCGAGUAAAACUGUAGCGAGUAAGUGUAACAGUUUAAACUAAUAACCUAAUUACCUUUGUUUUUUCUUCAACAAACCAGGACGAAACCGCGAGCAGCACACCUGGAACGGAGCAAGGGGAUGAAGGCGGCAAGGGCACGC